CGUUGGCGGCGUGCGCUCCUGGUGGGCGGGGUUGCUUCCGGGGCCAGUGACAGCCAAGGCCGGCCCCGGACUAGCCCCUGGUGUAGCCUUCGGGCUCCGCCCCCCGCUCCGCUCCUCGAGCUCGCUUCCCCCACCCCUCGCCGUUCUCGCUGUUUGGACAGGUCAGGCCAGGCUCAACCACUGAAAUUGAGGCCCAGAGAGAAGUGACUGCAAAUGAGUACGCCUUUGCCUAGACCCUCGUAUGACAGCUGCAUUUGACUGGCACAAAUUCCCCAAGUGACUGAAAAUUGCUCUUCAUCUACUCCUUUAAGCCUGGGCACGACCCUUAGAGCCUGAAACUGAAUGGACCAUGAAGGUCAAGGUUAUUUCAGUCUUGGAAGACAACUACAUGUAUUUGGUCAUUGAAGAGAAUACCAGAGAAGCCAUUGCAGUAGAUGCAACAGUUCCCAAAAGGUUGCUGGAAAUUGUUAAGAAGGAGGAAGUGAAGUUGACAACCAUCCUGACCACUCAUCAUCACUGGGAUCAUUCCAGGGGCAAUGAGGAGCUGGUGCAGCUGUGUCCAGGGCUCCGGGUGUAUGGUGCUGAUGAGCGCAUUGGUGCCUUGACACACAAGUUGACUCACAACCAGGAGCUCAAGUUUGGAGCCAUCUGUGUGCGGUGCUUGCUCACACCUGGCCACACCUUGGGCCACAUGUGUUACUUCAUGUGGGAAGACAACUGUCCAGAUGCUCCAGCUGUGUUCUCAGGUACCUGGAGGUGCUUCUUUGUGUUGCAUACGCCUAGGAGCCAGGGCGAUGCCUUGUUCAUCGGUGGUUGUGGUCGACUCCUGGAGGGGACAGCAGAACAAAUGUACCGGAGCCUCAAUGAAACACUGGGGACUCUGCCCAAGGAAACUAAAGUGUUCUGUGGGCAUGAGCACACUGUGAGGAAUCUCAAGUUUGCUUUGAAAGUGGAGCCUGAUAAUGAAACUGUGAAAACAAAGUUGGCUUGGGCCAAAGCUAGAGAUGAUGACGACAUACCCACAGUGCCUUCGACCCUAGGAGAGGAGUUUCACUAUAACCCCUUCCUGAGAGUAGUGAACUGAGAUUCAUUAGUAAAUGCUUCAGUGUGUUCAGCAUCACGUCCUGCUGGUCUCCACCAGGAGAACUACCAGGAGUAACCUCAUCAGGGAACCAAAGCAGACUCAACCAUGAUCAUGCCAGUAGCCAUGGUUCUGACACCGGUAGCCCAAUACCUCAACCAAACUGAAGAGCCCUGUUCUCUUUUUCCAUGUGUGAAAAUAAUCCCAAGCAGAAGCAGGCAUUGGGCUGUUUGUAUUUGUGCUACAGCUGUCCUAGAAGAUGUGUCUCAAGGCUUAAGAAAGUUAAAAGGCCAAAGUAAAAGGAAAAUGGUCACUGCCUUAAGGUAAAAUCAAGUCAGUUCCUCUGAGUAACUUUACCUGAGUGGCCUUAUACUGCUAAAGAUUUGAAGCCAGGAAGUGGACACUCUGGGAUCUCCUUAGAGUAAAAGAGAUGACCAAUGUGGAAGUCACAAUUGUGUCACAAGUACUCCAUUAUCCACAGUGCUGCCUCUGGCCCAGGAGAUCUUUGGCUGAGCUCAGUGAUAGCUACACUUGGAACAGGAUGUGUGUCAAUACCUGCACGUUUUCCUGGGCUCUAAAGUCAAAUACAACUGAUAUGCCUGGCACUUACUGUGGUUAGAGCUUAAGAAAUGCUUGCUGGUUGACUGAUUUGGGGGUUAUUUGUAGUUUAAUAUUAACUGUGACUUCAGUGGAUCUGUGUUCUCAUGUGGAUGCUCAAUGCAGUGGUGGAGAUUACAGCCCAUUUGUGCCUGCUCAUCCUGGGGACACCCUUAUCCAUGUGAUCCCCUAAAUCCACAGUGUAAUCCCUGGAUCCAUCCACUCUGGUGGAGGCCUUCCUUUAGGUUUUCUGACAUUGCGUGGAUACCAAUGGAGCUGGCUCCACUGGAUAGGCUGUUCAUCCCUUGCUCUUUCUUAGUGACUGGUCAAUCUUUUUCUCUCCAAUAACAUCUUUUAUGCUACUUCUCCCAAACAAUUCUUCAUUUUAAAUGAACUGUAUCCUAUGUAUGUUCACCAUAUGCCUCCCCAUUGUCCUUUGGGUGACCCUCAACUUUAAUUCUUUGGAGGUAUUGUAUUUCACAACUCGCAGCCAUACAGCAUCACCUGAAGAAUAUUAAUGUUAAAAGGAUGAGCCUCUGUUUCAGUUUGGCGUCAUAAGGAGCACUGAGCAACUAAUUUCUUAAAAGCAAAGCAACUCUUCCUUUUUCCUCCUGGAGUAAGCGGUCUUUCUGCAGUAUCUGUUCAAGGCAUAUGUAUUGACCAGCUUUAUCUGCAAAUCAAAGUCUGAACAACAGACGUUCUUUACCUACUUGUAUUCUUCUGUGUGAUUAGGUGGAAUGCUUUUGAAUGAUCGUGGAUCUCAUUUAAAAGGCUGUGUAAUAUAUGGGGCUUCAUGAAAAUGCACAAUGUUACCUAUAGACAGACAUAGCUGGAGGACCUCACCAUCUGUAGGGAAUUCUCAUUUGGACUCUCAACUAGAAUCCUUAAAUGACAGCAUCAAAUAUAGUUGGCAGGCAUAUCAUUCUAUUUUAUGUUUUGCUUGAUAUUUAUAAGGGUUGAACAAAGUUAUCUUUGUUGUUACAUCUGUCAGGCAAUCUUAUAUGAUUUUGAUAUAAAUGGAAUAUACCUUACUGGAGGAAAAUCUUCAAGGUAGUGUAUUGCUCUACCAAGUCAAUUUUUUUUAUAGUCAACAAUAAGUACAGUGAGAUCUUGUAUUCUCUCAACUUUCGCUCAACUCUAUAAAUAUAACUAUGUGGCUUCUUGCACAAUAUUGUGAAAGCUUGCUGAUUCCCCCCAAAAAACCUUCAUCAAGUAUGCCCUCAAUGCAUAUGUAGGUUAUUCUCACAAAAAUUUUAUUGACAUGGCAAUAUAAAGUCAGCAUAUGGAUUGGUAGUUAUUGAUAAUCUUUUGGUUGCCCUUUAAAAAAAUAUAACAAGGAGUAAGAUUUUUUUUCCCCAAGAGUUUGUUAUUUUUCCCCUUUUCAUAAUUUGAGAAUCAACCCUAAUGUCCUCAAAAUUGCCUCACUUUCACCAUGGACCUCCUCUGUACAUACUUGGUCCAAUCCAAGAGCUCUUAGUAUUUUAAAAUUUCAGUCUAACAUGUCAGUAGUCUGACUAUAUCAGAGCGACUAAUAUAACUAAACUGACUCAUCAUGGAUAGCUGAUUUAGGAAAAACCUCCACACGACUACUGAGUUGUUUCUUAUACAUCAAGGCAAAACUGGUUUCAUAUUUUUUAUAAUGUGAUUUGGUGCUCACCACAUCUAGUGUCUUCUUAGUCCAUUCAUUAAGACAGCAUCCAUGAUAUAGAUGUGAGGCUUCUGUGUGGUCUCUGACCUUUUAUUUCUACUCCUGAUCUAUAUUUUCCAAUAUGUUUUCUGCCAUCCUCACCUAUGCUCAUCUUUGCACUGAAAUCAUCAAGAAUCAACUAUAUAGGGAUCUAGUCCUAAUUUUGCCACUAGCUAUGUGACAUUUAGUAAUCAAGUUAAUACAGAUUUAACUUGAAGUCUUAUCAUCAAAUUCUUUAUAGAAUUUCUCUACCUCGGGGCAGCUAGGUGGCACAAUGGAUAGAGCACCAGCCCUGGAUUCAA